AUGAGCAGCGCGAGCCAGCAGCAGCCGACGGACGACGAAGAGCGCCGCAGCUUCCUCGCCUGGACCAAGAGCAUGGACGCGCGGGAUGCUGCGAUCGACUUCGUCACGCAGUUCUGCGAGAGCAUGGCGCGCGACCUGUACCCGCCGGCGUCCAUCGAGCGCAUCUUCGGCGUCGCCAUGCCCACGACGGAGCCGGCGGUGUCGCCGGGCCCCAUGUCGAUGGAGGAGUUCAUGGCAAGCAUCCCGGUCACGACGAAGGCCAUGUCGAUGGGCAAGAUUGUCUUUAACGUGUGGGUUGGUCUGCACAAGCAAGACUUCUUCAAGGAAGACGACAUGGUCUUGGCGCUGUGGAAGGGCAUGCUGCCCGCCUACUUUAUGUACUGCGUCCUGAAGAAGUACCACGCCGGGAACGGCAGCUACUACGAGGCAGAACUUCUCCAGCGCGGGUUCCGUGCCAUCGAAUGGGACCUUGAAGUGCACGAAAUCCUAACCAAGGAGCAGAACCCGCCUGCAAGCCAGUGGCAGGCGACGCCAACGAGCGACGUCAAGACGCCCGACGCCGAGCCACGCGCGGAGAAGGGGCCGCUCGGUCUGCUCGUCAACGGCAGCACGCUCUCGCCAUGCGUCGUGACGAUGAACACGAUGUUUGAGAAGUGCCCGACCGCACAUGCCGCUGGCAUUCCCCUCUACGUCCGCAAGUGCGCCGGAAAAAGCAAGAAGGCUUCGUGCUACAUCAUCUCCCGGAUGAUGUCGGACCCUAAGAUCGGCGUGGCGUCCAUUCCCUGGACGUACGGCGGCGCUUGUGGUCCUGCGCCCCCCGUGCUCGUCGGCCGCAGCGAUGGGGUGGCGUUCACUAAGGACGAUUGGGCCGCCUUGGACGAUUUCGUUUUCGGUAUGAUGCUCGACGACGGGCUGCGAUCGAUCACCCGCGCCGAUUUUGUGGCGUUUGCACGGAGCCGCACCGACUCGAAGGCGGGUAUCAUCCUCGAAGCGCUCUUCCCGAAGGGCCGCGCCGUCGUCAUCUCGGGCUUGCAGUCGAGCACGGAGCUCAACGGUCUUCGCGGGGUCGUCACGGGGAGCUACACCAACGGUCGUAUCGGUGUCGCCAUUGCCGGGCGCAGUGCGCCCGUGGCCGUCGCCCCCACCAAGCUCCAGACGGCGCCGUAG